AUGGCCGAGCCGCAGGACUCAGUUCCCAGGGAGGAGUAUUACGGUGGCUACUCACGGUUUGAGCUUGAACUGGAGUUCGUCCAGUGUCUCGCCAAUCCACACUAUCUAAAUCAUCUGGCUACCCAGAAGCUCCUCGACAACCCCGAGUUCAUCGCCUAUCUUGACUACUUGCAGUAUUUCAAAGAGCCCAAAUAUGUCAAAUACCUAGUAUAUCCAGGCCCAACCUUGCGGGCACUUCAGUUGCUGCAGCAGGAGCAGUUCCGUAAAGACAUCCUGAGCCCACAGCUCGUUAUGAGGAUGGUCGAGGAAGGCCUCAAGGCUAGCGAAAGGGACCGUCCCUGA